AUGGAGGAUAACAAUGAAAUUAAGGAUAAACAACAUAGUCUGCAUGGUCAACUGCAGCAACAUACGCAACCUCAAUCGGUAGCAUCGAAUGUGCCAAGCGAUGUUCGAACUGGACGCGGACCAGGACUUGCUACAAAUAUUAAUAAAAAUACUUUACAACCUGAUAAUGAUACAAGUACAACAACAACAUCAGCUCUUGUCAGCUCAGCAACCGGACCAAAUGCCAUGCUAAUGGUUGGUCCGAAUUUUCGAGUUGGAAAACGAAUUGGAGCGGGUAAUUUUGGAGAAAUAAGACUAGGAAAAAAUCUGUACAAUAGUGAACAUGUAGCAAUUAAACUUGAGCCAAUGAAAUCACGCGCACCCCAAUUACAUCUUGAAUAUCGUUUUUACCGACAACUUGGCGCUGCAGAAGGAAUACCUCAAAUUCAUUAUUUUGGACCUUGUGGUAAAUAUAAUGCACUUGUGAUAGAAUUAUUGGGACCAAGUUUAGAAGAUUUAUUUGACAAUUGUGAAAGAAAAUUUUCAUUAAAAACAGUUUUGAUGGUUGCUAUUCAGUUGAUUACCAGAAUGGAAUAUGUUCAUUCAAAAAAUCUUAUUUAUCGUGAUGUAAAACCAGAAAAUUUUUUAAUUGGUAGAAGUUCAACACGAAAACAACAUUUAAUUCAUAUAAUCGAUUUUGGAUUGGCAAAAGAAUAUAUUGAUCCAGAAACGGGAAGACAUAUACCAUUUCGAGAACAUAAAAGUUUAACGGGCACAGCAAGAUAUAUGAGUAUCAAUACACAUCUAGGAAAAGAACAAAGUCGUCGUGAUGAUCUUGAGGCACUGGGGCAUAUGUUUAUGUAUUUCUUGAGGGGAAGUUUGCCGUGGCAAGGUUUAAAAGCUGAAACAUUGAAAGAACGGUAUCAAAAGAUUGGAGAUACUAAACGAGCAACGCAUAUUGAAGUUUUAUGUCAAAAUCAACCAGAAGAAUUUGGAAAAUAUUUAAAAUAUGUACGAAAUUUGGAUUUCUUUGAAACGCCCAAUUAUGAAUAUUUAAGAAAAUUAUUUAGAGAUUUAUUGGACACUCGUAAUUUUACUUGUGAUUGGAAUUUUGACUGGGUAGAAAAAAUGCAAAAAUUACAAAGCAGAGAAAAAAAACAAGAAAUUUCAACAUCGACACCAAAGUGGCCAUUAACAUCAAAUAAAUCUUGUCAUCACAUGCACCAACAGCAGCACAGACAAGUAAAUUUUGCUGCUGUUGGAAAUGUUUUUAAUUUAAAAUAUGUGAAUAAUAAUCAAGAACCAUUUGAUAUAAAACUAUUACAAUCAUUAGAUGUUGAAUACUAUAAUGCGCUUAGUACAGGAAAUGCACAACUUUCUUAUCCUCCAGAUUUGUCUAGUCCUUUACAAAGACCACAGCCAAAUAGGGUCAUAAAUUCAACAGAUCAAGGUGAUGAACCCAUUACGCAUGAUCACGCACCAAUUACGCCAUUAUCACCCCCACUUGUUGAUGUUGUUAGUGAUACAAAACAUAAAAGUGUUGAAUUGAAAAUGUAUAAAACUGAUGAUAAUACAAGUGAAAUGUAA